GUAUCGAAAGCAGAGGAGGCCGCUGGGGCGAGGCUGACGUCAUUCGGUCACGUGACCUCACUCUCGGUGUUAAUAGCGGCGGUCGUCAGCGGUCGCCUCUUCGGCCGUGUCGGUGGGCUUGGGUUGCUCUUUCUCAGGCUCGCCUGCGUUAUUUCCUCCCCCCCCCAAAUUUCUUUCUCUUUUUUCCCCCCCCUACGGUCUCGUCAUGGCGGCUCGGUAUAACCGGGGGCUUCUCCUAGGGGCUGUCCUCCUGGGGUUUUUACAAGCAUCUUCAACAUUUGAAGUAAUAGAUGACAGCGGAAAGACAUGCAUAUUAGCCAACUUCUCUGUUCAGUUCAUAGUGGAAUACAGUACAAGUACUAAAAGUGAGACCCAGACCAUCUCACUUCCAUCUGAUGCUCAUGUACUGAAAAAUGAGAGCAGCUGCGGCAAAGGGAAAGAAGUCUCACAAAUCCUUGCAGUAGGCUUUGGCCAUGGGCACUCGAUACUUUUGACGUUCGAAAAAACUAGUAGUUCCUAUGCUGUCAGUACUUUGAAAUUCAGCUACAACUUGUCAGAUACCAGUGUUUUCCCAAAUGCGACUGGAGGAGAAAAAGAAGCAAGUAAUGCAACUGAUAUUAAAGCAGCCUUAAAUACAAGAUACAGAUGUCUCAACAAGAAUACAAUAAGCAUGGCAAAUGUGACUGUUCUGUUCAGCAAUGUUACCCUUGAAGCAUACCUUACACGUAACACUUUCAGUGGAAACGAAACCAUCUGUUUUGAAGAUAGAGCUACUACUGUUCCUCCUGCAACAACUUCCCAUAUACCUACAACUACCAGUCUAGCACCAUCCCCAUCUACAAAAGACCCAGAUGUUGGACAUUACAAUGUAUCUGGCUCUCAUGGGAUAUGUUUGCUGGCUUCUAUGGGUCUGCAAGUUAAUAUCACAUAUAGUACAAAAAAUGAGACUAUUAACUCACAGGUGUUUAAUUUUCCACAAAAUCCAUCUUACUCUGGGAGUUGUGACAAUAACACAGUCACUCUAAAUUUGAUUUCUGGGAGCACCAGCCUUCGUUUCCAGUUUGUUCAGAAUGCAAGUACUGACAAAUAUUUUCUCCAAGGCCUCAGUAUGAAUACAAGUCUGCCUUCUGAAGCUAAAGGAAAUAAGAUUUCUGCUGGCAACAAUAGUCUGAGUGCCCUGAAAGCCACAAUUGGGAAAUCUUACAGGUGUGUUGCAGAAGAGAAUGUCUGGAUCUCAGAAAAUGCUUCUGUCAACAUAUUCAAUGUUCAGGUCCAGGCCUUCAAGAUCCCAGGAGACAAGUUUGGAUCAGUGGAAGAAUGUCAGCUGGAUGAAAACAACAUGUUGAUCCCUAUCAUAGUUGGUGCAGCCCUUGCUGGACUUGUUCUUAUAGUUUUGAUUGCAUAUUUAAUUGGUAGAAAACGUAGUCAUGCAGGCUAUCAAACAAUUUAAGACUUGCACUUAAUUAAACCAGUAUGGAAGUACAGCAGUUGCAAGAAGCAGAUACAUUGAUUUCCCCUUCCCCAUUCCCUUUAUCCCCUCAGAUAGAUUGAUAUGAGGGAGCACAAUCUUUUCCUUACCAAUUGUUUCUUGCAAUGUCUGCUUUACUAAAUGUGAAAUCCAUCUCGUGGCAUUUAACUAUGCACAAAGGAUAACUUCUAUAAUUCUGUUUAAUUUGCUAAUGGGUUAAGUAUUCACCCACCUAGAAACAGGCUGAAGUUUUAAGAAUGCUUUUCUGAAUUGGCAUGGUUUUUAAUGUCAAGUUCUUAAAUGAGUGUGAUAUAGUUAAUUCACAUUCAUUCACUUAAAUUCAGAUUAAUUAUAUCUAACAAAGGGAAACUUCCACUUUCUGGUACUACCAACCUGUGAUAAACUCAUCUACUGCACUAAAUGCAGCAAAAAAAGAGCAAUGACUGACCAGUCAAACCCAGUUAUUCCCACUUUGUUCCUACUUAGGUAUGUGUCAUUAUGUUUUAAAUGUUAACCCUGGUAUGUACAAGGUGUGAGGAUGAUGGUUUGGCCAACUCUUAAGAUAUUUUUGGUUUGUCAACUUGGUAGGAGCUGGCCCUUUUUUACAUAAAAAUGGGUGUUACUUUAUUUUUUGUAAAGUGAAUUUCAGUCUCUUCUUCUGUUGGAGGUUCAGAGGAGAUCCUGUUUCGCACAUGUGUACAAUAGACUUCAAUCUGCUAAUUCUUGCUUUGACUUUGGCUGGGACUGUACACUGCAAGGAUCAGUUAUGGAUGCAUUGCCUGUAACAGUGCUAAUAAAGACUUUUCUGUAUA